UAGCGCUAUCUAUAGAUGGCACAAUCAUUUGAGAUACCAAAAAAACUAGAAUACUUUCAGUUUAGGCGGGAAUAUAGUGGUUACAAAUUUAAAUAUAGCAUUUAUAACUUAGGGAUGUGAUAUUUAAUGUCAAACAUUCCUAUAAUGAUUCUCAAUGCUCAAGUGGUAUAGAUGUUACAUAAAAAAUGGUUAUAAAAUAUCUAUAUUUAACCUUUUUCAUACGUAAAAAAAUUUCUUAAGGUUAUUUCUUCAAAAAGUAAAAAAAUAAAAGAAGCUCCAUUUUUAUAAGAAAAAGUGCAAGUACCCUACAGAGAGGGGACGGAAGAAAUACUCCAGACAUAAUUUUCAGGUCACUGUUAAGCUGAAUCUCAUUAGAGCCCAAACAUGGCUAAAGGAGAGAUUCCUGAUGACACAACUGCCAAAAACUCUGGAACAAAUAAGCACACAUUAUUUGUCUAUGUAUUGUAUUUUCAUAUAGUGAUUUUGUAUUUUAUGAUAUAUUCAUUAUUCUCUGAGCUCCACCAUGCUAAACAAACCAUCCAUGAGUUUAAUGUGAAUUUUAUUAAUUUAACUGCGAAAGAAGUUCAACUUCAAAUGAAGUUUCUUCAAGAUUUCACACACCAAGUAUGUCCAAAUAGUGUCAGCAGUAAGAGAGACAAAAGGGAGGCUGUAUUUGGCAACAGAUCUAGGUUUGAUGCAGCUACUUUUUCAAGAAAAUCUCAGUUACCAUCAAAUGCUGAUGGACAAGAUCAUGGACCCUAUGGCAAUGGAGAUUCUGAAAGAAAAAAACACGGUGAAAGAAGAGGUAAAAAAAACAAGAAAAAAAAUAGGAGGAAGCGUGGCCACGGAUUCUCUCCACGAGCCUCACAUUUUAUUGGUGCUCUUCCGGAACCAUUGAUAAGGGAUGGAGGGCUUCUUGCUCCUUGGCUGGUAGAAAAUGAAUCCAUAAAAGAUUUUGGAUUAGUUACUAAUGUUCCUUCAACUAGUAGAGAUUCUAUAGAAAUAGUCGAAACCGGGCUUUACUUUAUUUAUGCUCAGCAGGUGUACUACAUGACCUCUGCUGAAAAAUCAAAGGCCCACAACAGCUUCUUGAUUAUAUUGAAGCCCAGCUCAGGACCGGAGAAACAACUGGCCCACUGUGCAACCCUAGGAGAUGCCAAUUUAGGUGGCGAAGCGAGCUGCUAUACCGGCGUCGCUCACACUUUGCUCGCUGGUGAUCUAAUCUACAUCAAGCAGAGGGAGCGUGAUAGGCAUAUCAUUAUGAGGCCAGGCCAUACCUUCCUAGGCCUCGUUUUGUUGAAUAAGAGAGCUAACUAAGUUUCUUUUACUUUAUGGUAUUAAUUGUUCUUAGAUUAAAUCUUGUAGGUUAUGAAGUCAUAUUCGUGAGACUUUAUAAUUUGUUUUCAAAGGAAUGUUUGUUGUAUAAAAAUAGUAAUAAAAUUUAAUGUUAGCGUUUUUAUUACCAAUAUAUUUUUAUAAUAUAGAGUUGAUUAUGUGCUUAUUUACCAAAUGUGAGUUUUUAAUACCUCAUGCUCUCAUUGCAUUUUUAUAAAAUUGUGAUAACUAUUCUGUCUCCAACAAUAUGUUGUGAACUUUUUUUUUUACUGUAUAAAAUUAAAAAAUGUGUAUAGUGGAUUUAAAAUUUUUAUAUUUUCAAAAGGCCAGUCAUAUUUAAAAAAACUGUUAAUUAUCCUAUUGACUUCCACUAUUAUUGAAUAAGUUCUUUUGAGCCUUUUAUAUAUGAUCCCUUUCGUUAACUUUAAUCUUUGUUUUGGUAUAACCAAUUUUCAACAUAAUGUGUUAAUUUUGUUAAGACUUGAUAUUCCUGUGAUAAACCUUAUGCUACUGGUAUGAAAAUAGAAGUUAAUAUCUCACUUGUAUUCAAUGAUAUUUCUUUAGUGCCAUCUAGAUUAAAUUUUAAACGACUGGACCACUUUUGUUAUAUCUAAUUGUAGGAUAUAUAUUUUUAUUAUUAAAAUUGGUUUAUAUAUCUUAAAUAUGUAUACGAAAAUAAUGUAAAGACAUACUUUAAUGUUAUUACAGAAAAUCUCUUAUUUUUGAAAUGCUUAAAAAAAAAAAAGUUUCGAAUAAAAAAGUAAUAAUCUAAUCAAGGGGAUGUUUAUUUUUAAUUUCUUGAUUAAUUAUAAAAUUACUUUAUUUUAUUUUUCUACUUAGAUGUAAAUACUAUCUUAUAAGGAUUUAAUAAAUAGUUUUUCAUUGUUUACUUGAUAAAAUUUUCCAAAAGUAAAUUUCGAAGGUUUUUAAAAACGUUAGAAAAAUAUUUUUCUUAAUUAUUAUUUGUUUUUAUUUUAACUAAUAAAAUAUAAAAUUUAGUGUUACCAUUUUUAUUUUGGUUUAUCAUUAAUACGAACAAUUUUUUUUUCAUAUAUAUUCUAUUUACAAUUAUUAUUUACUUGUUCUCUUAAAAGCAAAUCAUUUGCAUAUAUUUUAUUAAAUUUUUGUUAACUUUAUAUUGGUGUUAUAAAUUUUUGAAUUGUCUUAUUUUUAAUAUAUCUUUCACGAUUCCGAGCCAUUAAUUGUAUGUGUUUGACUUUCUUCUUUUUUUUAAUGCCCUUAACCAUAUUCUAAAAUUGUUAAGUUUAUUGUAGCUUUUAAAUUCUUUAUAGAUGCUGUUUUAAAAGUUAUAUUUCAAAAUUAUGUUCCUUAACUGAUUAAUUCACUAAUAAAAUAGAAUUUAGAUUGGCUGUGUUAUUAAUGGCUGUAUAAUAACUUAGGUCUCUUUAGCUGUUGUUCAUUUUGAGCAUUACAUCAUUUUUUUGUGGCGUUUUGAAAGGUUAACGAUUAACUAAAUGUAGACAUAUUAUUUCUUAAUAUGUUUUUAGUUGGUAUCUAAUUGUGUAAUAUAUUAAGAUGAUAGUUUUUCAUUAUUUUUUCUAUUGUAAAUGAAUGUUAAAUGUUAUUGUUUAAUGUUGUUUUUACAGUUAUUGUUUAAUAAGUUGUAUUAAACAAUCUUAUAAAGCAAUUUUAAUUAAUUAGUGUUUUAAUAUUAUACCUUCUCAUAUUAGAUGUAAAUCUGGAGAUUUGUAUUUUAG